AGACCACGUACUUUAAGUCAAAGAAUAUGUAACUCUCAACAUGUUGCAAAAGUUACGACAAACUUAAGGUAGGAAGAACUACAAAGUACCCCUCCUGCCAAAUAAAAUAGAAAUCGCACUCAUCAACUCCAAUAAAUGGGCUAAAAAUGUCAACUUAAAUUUAACUGUCUCAUAAAUAGGAAAUUGAAGGAUUGAAGUGUGCUUCAUAGCGGUUAUUCAAAGUUUGUGCUACUUAAGUGUCAGUUGGCAUCCUCAACAUGAGUGACGAUAUAAUCCUUGUGGAUGCUCAGUAUGCUUUUAUGCUGGGGCAUUAUCAGUUAGCACUUAAAACACUGCAAAAGUUGAAGUCGAGUUCACCUGAGACAGAAAUGCUGUCUAAUAUCCUAACAUAUCAAGUUUAUAUAGCCCAGAAGAAGUACGGAGUUGUGCUGGACGAAAUACCAGAAGACACAGGUGAUGCAGAGCUAAAAAUUCUUCGUCUGAUGGCUAAAUACUUUUCUGGAACUAUAUCAGAGCAAAUUGCAACGAAUGAACUUGAUGCAAUCGUGGAACGGCAAGUGGAUCCAAACCAAAAUUUGAUCGCAAUCGCAGCUACUAUGUAUAUGAAUAUAAACAUGUUGGAAAGCGCUUUGAAGAUCUUGAAUAAUGCAAAUGAUACAUAUUGCAAUGCAUUAACUAUUCAGUGUUUACUUCACAUGAAUCGUUGUGAUCUUGCUGGGAAGGCUGUUCGACGUAUGCAAACUGCUGAUGAAGAUUCACUGCCAGCACAACUUGUUUCAGCGUUGUAUUAUUUAAAGAAAGGUGGAGAUCAAUUACAAGAGGCUCUUCACAUAUAUGAGGAACUCAAAGAAAAACAUGGACCCUCUAGCCUACUUCUGAAUGGUCAAGCUGCAGCAUUAAUGGGUAUGAAUAAUUGGGUUGAAGCAGAACCAAUUCUUCAGGAGGCUAUUGAUAUGGGUGUCGACGAAACGUUCAGUCUGUCCAUUCGAUUGGGGAUGAUACGGGGGGCUACGAAUAUGCUGGAUGCCAAACAGUUUGCAGCAACCAAGUUUGUCCUGGAAGACAGAAGCGUGCUUUUGACGACGGCGUUGCAAGAGAGAUUGAUCAGAUACAUCUCCGGGAACAACGUUGUGUGGUGAAGACGAAACAUUAGAGCAUACUGAAUUUAAUGGUACAUUAAAGAUAUGGAGCUUGUCUAACCAGUCAAGACCAAGCAAAUCCAAAUCAUGGUAGUUUGUAACGUAACAUACACCAUUGAAGUGAUGCUCACCAAACUGAACCUGGCAAUUGAUCUCACCCACGAGUUUCAGUUUAUCUCCAGAGACAUUCUUGGCGACAUGCUCGGUCGGCAGAAUCUGUGGGCAACCAAGUUUGCGCCACGUAGUUCGGGAAAUUACGGUGAUAUCUGAUGCCGUAUCCAACUGAAGACGAAUACGUUUGCCAUUAAUAUCUAGUGUUAUGUACUUACGUUUGCUGGCGAACUCGACUUUGGAAGUUGUAUAAAUAGUCUGUACUCGAGGAGAUUGUUUCGGCUCGAAACGACUACUUCUGUUCCUCACCGAAGGAUUUUUCUGCGGUGGACAGUAACCCUCCUUAUGUCCAAAACGGUGACAAUUACGGCAUUUAUGCUUCUUGAAAGGACAGAACUUGACAAAAUGCCACGAACCACAGUGCCAGCACACUGAAGGAGGUUUAGCUGAAUUCUGAGACUGACGUGCUGUGUGCUUAACGGUGAUCGGAGGACUUUUCACUGUGUUAAUCGAACCAAAUUCAGACGACUGUCGUUUGCACUCCACCAUAGCAGUAUCGUGCUUCAAGUUGAUUAAACGUAGGCAUUCUGCUGUCACCAUUUGUAAGGUCAUUUUCGGGUCUUGUUCCACAAGUGACAGAAGUCGAGUUCGUAUGUCAGUAUCUUCUGGGUUCUUCAACCCACAAAUAAAAAUCAAACACUUGAACUGAUCUG